AUGGCGGACAAAAGAAUAAUUUUAAAUCUCAAAAGAGGCAGCAAAGGCUUAGGUUUCAACAUAAUUGGAGGUAGCGACAUGCCUAAUCAGUUAGGGGACUGUGGAAUAUUUGUUUCGAAGAUUAAAAAAGGUGGAGCUGCUGAUGAAGAUGGCACACUUCAAGUUGGUGAUCGUAUCAUUGAGUUGAAUUCUGUAAACUUGGAAAAAGUCAACCACUCAUUUGCGGUUCAAACAUUCUUGGAUGCUGGCAACGAGGUGAAAUUAGUUAUCGAAAGGAAAGAAGAAAUGUCUCCUAGAGCAGAGAAAAUAGGCAAGGCACUGCGAAUCGGAUUACCCAUCCUUGCAGCUGGAAUAGCUGUCGCUGCCUACAUAAUUUACAGGACGAGACGUAACUAG